AGAAACAUAUUAGGCCUGUCUGUGACACCGGAGCCUCUCGUGCCUCGGAGCAGUCUGCUUCCUCCAAAGCUCGCUCCCCUUUCCCACUGAUCCCGGGACUGAUCCCAGAUCACACAAACUGCUUUUCCUCCCAUUUCUUAUUUACAGUAAUUCACAGCCCCUUCUCCCGAAUGCUGCUGGUUCCUAUUCGCAUUUCUCUCCUUAGAGACAAGAAAAUUCUUCUGUGAAUUCACACUGUUUUGAAAAUUGACUGUAAACUUUAGAGAAGGCGACUUUAAAAAGGAGAAGCUAAUCAACAUGAUCCGAAAGCUAGAGAUGAGGAAAUUAAAACUUUUAACUCACCAUGGAGACCAUGAGUACAGCCUGAUACUUGCAGAAGCCAUGCAUCUGCUCUCCACCCCCUAAAGAAGGAAGCAAAACCAUGAGAAAAAAAAAAAAAAGAGAAAAAGAUUAACUGCCAGAGUUUAAAGGUAGUUUAGAUUGAGAUAAAAGACUCUGUAUGGACUUUGACUAGACUGCAAACAGUGAUCUCUUCAAUCUUCCAAAGAUCUAAAGAGAGACAGAUAUUGACUCUAAUUAGGGUUGAAGAGAUGCUUUUGACAGGAAACUUGAAGUCUCUUCUUCCCCAAGUGUUGAGAAGAAUAAUUCGCUGCAAUAGACUUAGUAUGAGUAAUACUUCUGGAAUGGCAGAAGGCUAUAAACAGGCCAAUAUUGUGAUUCUGCACAAAUCUCUUGCUGAUGACUUUGAAAAGUUUUGCCAUGCAAACGCAGGGCCACUACCACUGCUGUACAGAAGUCAGCCAGGAGAUUGGAAAUGCCCCUCCCUGAGCAGUGAUUCUGAUAUCAGAACUGACUGCCUGCAGUACAGGUUAUAUGAGUAUGGAGCUUUUACUGGAUCUCUAAAAAGUCUAAAGGAAUAUGCUGAACAACUCAAGGACAUGGUGACUUUCUAUUUAGGCUGCAGCUUCUCUUUUGAAAAGGCACUGCAGAAUGCUGGCAUUCCUGUGAGAAAUGUGGAGCAAAAGUGUAACGUGAGCAUGUACAAGACAUCUGUGCCUUGCUACAGUGUUUCUACUUUCAGCUGCAACUUAGUAGUCACCAUGAGACCUAUUCCUGCAAACAAAUUAGAAGCAACUGUGCUAGCAACCUCCGAAUUGGAAGAAUCCCAUGGAGCACCAGUCCACAUUGGUAACCCUGGUUUGUUGGGAAUACGAGAUCUUUCCAAACCAGACUAUGGAGAUCCAGUUGACCUUCAACCUGAUGAUAUUCCAGUGUUUUGGGCAUGUGGAGUAACAGGAGUAGAAGCAAUCAUCAGCUGCAGAUCUCCAUUAGCUUUUACUCAUUCUCCUGGCUGCAUGUUCAUUACUGAUCUAAAGAACAAUGAAGUCACAGUUGGGUCCUCAAGAAAAGUUCCACAAGUCCACUGCAUUUCUCAAGAUCCUUUGCAUUACAGUAUUGUAUCAGCAGAAGCAGCACAAAAGAUAAGGACGCUAGAAAGCCUAAUUGGAAUAGAUCCAGGAGACAGAGGUAUCAUUCAUUUACAACGGCAGGAAGAGCUGCUGAAGUCUUGCCUGUCCCUCUCCCAUGCACGAUCAGUGCUGAUAACAACUGGAUUUCCUACCCACUUCGCUUACGAGCCACCCGAGGAGAAUGAUGGGCCCCCAGGAGCCUUUGCUAUCGCAGCCAUGUUGCAGGCCUUGGAGAAAGAUGUUGCCAUAGUAACAGAUCAGCGAGCCAUGAAUCUGAACAGGAAGAUUAUGGAAGAAGCUGUUCGACUCGGAAUCCUGAAGCGACCUGUCCCUCUCCUGAGUUAUCAAAAGGAAAGUACAGAUUCAGCUUUGAUGUUUUUGUGCGAGAAUGGAAAUCGUGGAAGACCGAGAUUUGAUCACCUGAUAGCAAUAGAGCGUGCUGGGAUGGCUGCUGAUGGCAAUUAUUACAAUGCCAGGAAAGUUAAUAUUAAACAUCUAGUAGACCCCAUAGAUGAACUAUUUUUAGCUGCAAAAACCAUUUCAGGAGUUGCAACAACAGGUGUCGGAGAUGGAGGAAAUGAAUUGGGAAUGGGCAAAGUAAAAGAUGCUGUAAAGAAGUACAUAAAAAAUGGAGAUGUUAUUGCUUGUGAUGUUGAAGCUGAUUUUACUAUUGUAGCUGGGGUCUCAAAUUGGGGAGGCUAUGCCAUCGCUUGUGCUCUGUAUGUUCUCAGCACUUGUGAAAUACACGACCGCUAUCUGAGGAAAGCCGUUGGGUUUCCACAGUUAUCUAAGAAGAUGGUCUGGCUGGCUGCACUUCCGUCUGUUCCAAAGGAAGAAAAGUUUCUGAAAGCCCUUGUGCAGCAUGGGGUCCGCAGUGGAAAAACUGCCAGCCUAGAAAUGGAAGUGGACGGUCUGCCCUUCUAUAACACCCAUUCACUUAUGAUUGAAAAGCUCCUGCAAGAAGUGCAGCAGUGACUUCCUCUAAUAAUUUCAAAAUCAGGAAUGUCUCCUAUGUUAUUUCCUUAUUCCUAACCUACUGACAGGGUUUAAAAAAAAAAUCAAAGUUGGUUCUAUGUCUUGAAAUGUAGGAUUUUUGAUCUCUAGUGCCUCAGCCAUGCACAACCUUUUUUUCGUUUUGUUUUGUUACUCUUACCUCACUGAGAAACAGGAAGGAUCAUAAGCAUUUGAUUUACCUUUUAUUUUCUGUAAUUUUAUAAUAGAUAUUAAGUGAUAUUAUAUACU